AUGGCAAACAAGAAGUACAGAAAGAUCGCCAGCUCUGCACACUCGGAAAACAUAAGCUUUUUUUCUUCUCUUUUUUAUCAAUGGAUGAACAUUUUGAUGAAGACUGGGAGUGAACGAGCUGUUGAUGAAAAUGAUCUUUUACCGCUUAAAGAAGAAACCACUUCUUGGUUUUUGACAAAGAAACUCCAGGCAAAAUGGUCCGAAGACAUCGCUGAUAGUAAAAUACAUGAUGUUAAACCAAAACUUUGGAAAAGCGUGUUGAAGAUGUUAACUGCGAAGGAAAAAAUGAUCUUCGUUUCAGCCAUGAGUGUUGAGACACUUUGUCAUAUUCUUCAGCCACUGCUUCUUGGAUAUCUUGUGAAAUCCCUGAUGACAGCAGAGCUACAUAAUUAUCUUCUCUAUGGCAGUGCCAUCGCACUAGGGAUAAAUGGAGUGAUCUCUUCGGUUGCCACGCACCAGGCUGACUACCACUGUGAGGUGUUGGGUAUCAAAAUAAGCAGCGCCCUUAAAGGAUUAGUGUAUAUGAAGGUAAUGAACAAAAAUGUCAGAGACGGCCAGAUGUGUCCACACCGAUGAGGAGGUGGGCGUAAACCUUUUAGCCAGUCCAGUUAACUUAACCUGAGAUCAGGCUCAAUUUUCGUUUCGCUUUGUAAUAACAUUCUGGCGGGCAAGGCGAAACGAAAACAGAGCCUGAUACAAACCUUCUAAGAAACGUCUUCCGCCCACUUUUUUGAUUGAUUGACAUUUGCCGAAUCAGCCAACCAAAAUUAAUUCCGUUGCUUGUUUUUCUAGUAUGCAAAUUUUUCAUGCGUGGAAAAAAUGCAGACUGGCUGACUUAAAAAAUAGCUUUUAUCUUUUAAUUUUUUCAGCAGAAAAUAAUACAGUCAGCACAAUCACAUUUAAAUUCUUGCGAGAUUAAAGGAGAUCUCGAAGGUUAUUUGUGUUGGCGUAGAAGGUAAAAAGUUUUCAAAAAGACUGCAACACGAUGUUGUACUAUUUUUAUGAGGAAACUUAAGAUAGAGACGCUUUCGGGGCAACGGCGACCGGACUGGCAGAGCAAGCCUGGAACAGAGGUAGCCGUCGCUUCCCUCCAAAAUUCGAACAUUAAGAUCGCAGUGAACUCGGGAGGACGGCGCCUUGGAAGACUACGGAAGAGGAAAAUAUGGCUUCACAUAAAGAAUUGAGAGAAUUAAUGCUUAUUUGCUUGCAUGCAACAACAACAACUUUAUUUCAGUAUUCCCACGUUAGUACGUGGUAUUACCUACUAUUCUAAACAAAUAUACGAUACUCUAACGAAAAAAGUGAGCUAAAAACACACAAUUAAAAUAUCGGAGUUCAUACUUUUUGUCUGAGUACUUUCAUUUGGCUUGUAGGACAAUUUUGUCCAUGUAAAGCUCACUUACAGUUUGCUGUUUGUCAUAUUGGAUCAGAUUGGAUCUUGACUCUGGGACAUGAAACAAAGAAACAUUAUCAAGAUGUAAGUUUAGAUAACAGAGCUUGGAAAUCGAGCUUGAAAUGUGACUCAAAGAGAACAAAGACAAUUUAAGAACGAUCAUCUGCAAAAUAUUGGUUGCUAAACGCAACAAACCUGAUUGAAAUGAAAGUUAAAUACUCACGUUCUCGCCACAACGCCAAACAGACCAGUUUCACGUCGUCGACGGGAUCACGACGGCAAUGUGGUGAGCAAGAGCAUGCGCAAUAUUGCACAAAUCAUGACGUCACGUCCGGUUGAAGUUGCCGUCGCCCCGAAAACGUCUCCAUCUUAAGUUCCCUAAUAGGCUUGCUCGAAUUUAAAAUACUGAAAUUUCUCUUUUUCUGUUGCCUUUAUUUUCCUCGGCAAUUUUCCCCGAUUUUCAGUACAUAAAUCUUUAAAAAUCUUGGAGAAAUAUAUCGCGAACUUAUUUAAAGGAUAUAUAAAUUAUUUCAGAACAAACCAAACGAGUUCUCAAGUGCAUUUAGUCCCGCACGUACACUUGCAAUAAUAUUUGGGAAUUUACUAGAGAAACAAAUAACGUCUAAAAAAUAUAUUUAAAAAAAAAAAUCAAGGUAAUAUUAUCUGCCACUAACUGCAUGCUCAACUGACCUCUAAACAAAACGAAAAACAAUAUUACAAACUCACUUUGUAGUUCUCCUUAGUUGUGUUGUUGUUUUACUGCAAGUCUAAAAAGCUCGCUAAAUUUAUUAAUCGAAAUUAACGAACAGCAAACAGCCAACGAGCGAGGACACCAGUUUUCCUGGUUUAUUUUUUACAAAAAGCCAAGGCAAACAACAAGUCUUUUACCUUAAGACUCGCGCCACCAACUUUUAUAAUAAUGCCGACAAAAAUUCCUUGAACAGCGAUACGAUAUUUUUCGUCAAACACUUCACAGUUGGCGAUUGAGGUUUCUUUCGCACUGAGCCUCCACUUUCGCACGCCGUUCAGAGAAGUCAUUCCCGGCUAAACUUUCAAAUGAAACCAGUUUUAAGAUGGACAGUAUUUUGAUUUGCAAAAGGCACCUUGUUAGGGACCAGUCAUAAUUUAAGUUGGAGGGGGGAGUGGAGGAGAAAUUGUUUUUUAUUCCAAAUUUUUUCCAGACCCCCACUAAUAGCACUCAUGUUUUUUAGGUACCCCCCUUCAAUCAUGUUAAAAGAUUUAAGGGCCCCCCUUUCUUAUACAUAAUACCCAAAUGGUAAUAACAAAUAACAUUUUCUUUACUUUACCGUUCUUACUCACUGUCACUUCCGAAUGUGCCAACUAACAACAGAGAAGCACUUCACACUAAACUGAGAAAGAGAUUUCACCUAGAGCCUCUCAAACAGCUUAUAGAGCAAGGAUAUAUCAGUGAUUGUGUUAUAAUUGAGAUAAGACAAGCCAUCGAAAGGUGAGAGGCCGACAGGACCGCUUCAAGGAAGAAAGAAGAUAAUCAGCCAAAGCUUACUGCUUUUUAUAUGAGCAGUACAUGCUCUAAUAGCAAAAAACUUGACGGUGACACAGACAGUGAGUCCACAUCAACCUCAUCUACAAAUAUUGAUUCGGAUAGUGAGAUUGCAUAACAUGACAUUAUGCAUGUAAUCAUUUGUUAAAAUGCCGAUGAAAUUGUUUCAGUGUUACACAAUAAUGGAUGUUGUGUUGAUGCACCUACUAUUUGAGCAUUAAAUCUUUUUGUCAAAAUGCUGAUUAAAUUGUUUUAGUAUUACACAAUAUAGGUCUUUGUGUAAAACUGAAUCAAAAUCAGGUCCUUUAAUACUCAAACAUCAUGCUGCUCAGUAGGGAUGCUACUUAAAUGAAACUUGAAGACCCCCCAACGUCAUCUUUUGGCAUUUUAAGGCCCCCCAUAUUCCAUCCAAAAAAAAUUGAAGGUCCCCAAUUUCUCCUCCACCCCCUCCAACUUAAAUUAUGUUUGGUCCCUUAGCGGUCAACAACUUGCAGAGGGAUUCAACUUCGCGAUGCACUCACAUUAGUUCCGUAAAUAAAGCAAAUCCUGACAAGAUAUGAACAACCACAUGAAUUUCCUGAAUUUCCAUGGCAAAUAUUAAGGCAUAUUUUCCUACCGUAAGACGAUAAAACAAGACCAAAGACAGCAAAAUCGAUCCUUCUCUCCGCCGACGGUGGAUCAUUCACGAAAACAACCACGCGAGGAAUAAGCGCUUUCAACUUCCGGCGUUUCCAACAGCCAAUCAGAUCUUGUGGCAUUGUUCUAAUUAACAGCCAAUCAGAGUUACGGCCAAAAUCUGGCUGUAACGAGCACAAACGUGAGAGAGUUUGUAUCAGGCCCAAUUUUAGCGGUAGCCGUUAGAGAGAAUGUAUUAGAACCGCUAAAGUUGGGCCUGAUCUCAGGUUAAGCUAACUCAACUGACCUGGGCCGAAAUAGAGCCUAAGGCAGCGUUCACAUCUGGUGCCCCGGCACAGUGCCCGAGUUUUGUACUCGCUUGGCACUAAUGUUUUUUCCACACCCUUUCUUAAGAACUUAGGCUAGAAUUCGUGCACCGUGCCUGUGCCCGAGUACAACGCUACUCGAGCACUCAAGAGGGCACUGGGUCCCUUUGUGCACACCGAAUUUUUCAGUUCUGGGGCAAUCCACUGCUUUGUACUAACUGCUAAGCACAAGUUCAAAAAUGGCGCUUGACAGGACGAAAGACAUACGCAGAAGAAGACUAUUGAUUGAGCGAGAAAGCACUCAAGGUUGUCCUUGGCCAAUGUCAAAUACGUUUACAAAUCUAUGAUCGAGGGCAUGAUUACGUUCAUACCUAAACGGGACUCUCAAGUCCAGCUUACCGUACUAAAUUGUCCUUUGUAGUAUAGGGGAAAAUAGGCCAUUUCCGAGUUGCGUCAAGAUAUUAUGGCUGGAUAUUCCAGAGCACUUAUCUGUCAAUUUAGAAUCUAUACAAAAACGAGCCCUUAAGAUUGUUUUCCCAGACUAUGGUUAUGAUGAAGCUCUGACCUUCUCUGGCCUUGAGAGUCUUGAGAAAAGACGAAUUUCUAUAAGUCGCAGGUCCAUUUCAGCAUGGAGGUUACGCACUCGUCAUGAAGUUGUUAGUGUACCAUACGAUCUUGGAUCCGGCCAUGAAGCCCUUACAUUAGAAUCAAAAAAGAGAAUGAUUUUAUUACCUUUAAAUUUUUAGACUCGUUUCAUAACGACGAUAACUUUUUUUUUUAUUUUUCGUUCAACAUAUUACCUCAAUUCUGAUUGGCUAAAAGUACACGCAUAAUUCACCAUAACUAGUUACUGAUAACCAAAUUUGGAAGAAUUUUGUGUUUAACGAGGAAAUGAAGUCAAAAAUGCAGCCUUUUACGGGUUAAUGCACCGUUAACCGAGGAGACAUGGGGACGAGAGUGAGUUGUUUACGUUGUAAAAACUAAAAUGGCGGACACCUCACUCGUUUCAAGAGUAAGAACUACAGCUGGAACUAGGCGAAAUAAUGGCUAAAAACAGAGCAAAAACAGCAAGAAGACAACUCGGAGGGUGACAUCCACUAUUUGGAGAAAAUUUGCGGAGCUGGACAAACCUUAACGUAAACUAUCGAAGAUAAACUUAACAUCGAUGCAGGUAAGCUUGUUUUAGCUAUGUUUUUAAACUAGGAAUUGUUUUGAAUGAAUAAUAAAACAAUUAUUAAAUUCGGCUUUCGUAUCAUAUGAAGAAUUAUUGAGAUCUCGGAGGGUGUUAUCCGCCUCGCUUAAUGGAUAACACCCUCCCCGAUCUCCAUAAUUCUUCAUGAGAUACUCAGCCUCAUUCAUUAAUUGUUCAGUUGUAUUUUACUGCAAAGAAUGGAAAUAAACGAUGUUUAUUUGUUUUACAAGCAUCUGUUUACAGGCAAGGCUAAGUGCAGAGCCAUGGAUAUGAAAAUUACUUAUUUUAAUAAUAUAUUCUCAUGCAAAUAGAACUAAUUUUCAAAGGAAACGAUAUGCGCUUGGCCUCGUUUUGACAGGGAGAGUUUUGGGAACUCGGAAAUGGCCUAUAAAUAGGUAGAGUUAUUGCAAAUGUAAUUUUUUAUCAGUCUGCGGUAAUUGACAACCCCCAUACGGUGUGACAACGUUAAUAGUGACAAAGCUAUUCCUUUAAGUAAUAACAUUUUUGAAAAGAUAACUUACGAACUUUAUUUUCUUGUUGCAGACGCUUCUUCUCAGCAAGGAUUCAUUGCUAAGACUUUCAUCAGGCCGAGUUAUUGAUCUCGUAUCAAACGAUGUUCAGAGAAUAGAGAGCGAUACUUUCGUGUAUUUUUUUGCUGGAGCUCGAAGCAUCAUACUGCUUUUAAUAUUAACCUUUUUACUGGUCUGUUUUGUUGGAUGGCAGGCUCUAAUGGGAAUUUUUUUACUGUGUAUUGUUCUGCCAUGUUACCUUUUUUUCGCCUAUGCUGGGGCUUUACUACGCCUACGUACAGCCGCAGUUUCUGAUCGCCGUAUCACGAUGAUCGGCCAGGUUGUUUCUGGAAUCCGUGUUAUCAAAACAAAUGCAUGGGAAGAUGAAUAUAGAGAAAAGAUAAAGAGCGUGCGAAGGUAAGGAAAACUUUAACAUUGCAUAAAUACAAUAAAUGUGCUGAGCAAGCAAGAAUUUUUUUGGUUAUUUCCACAUUCAAGCAAUUGAUUUUAAACUCACACUUCUCCUGGUUUGAAGACGCAGUUGAUAAAAAGAAACCUAGAUAUAAAAUUUAAUAACCUUAAUUUCAGGAAAAUGGAACAGAAAUUUAAGUUUGGUUUAUUUAGCUCAUUCCUAGCUCGUCUCAGAUCUAACCGACCUGGCUAUGGCAGUUUCUGCUUGCUUAAAAAGAGAGGCGAAGUUUCAAAACUUCAAAAGAUCGCAGCUCAGCUCCAAGAACACUUAAAGUGCUCUUGAGUUGAGUGAGAGAGACAAAUACCAUCGUGUUUUGGAUCGUUGAUGUUUACGCUCACAAGUGACAAGGUUGAAAAUUGGGUUGAAAAAAGGAGGGGCAGCCGUGGGUUAUCACGGCUGUAAAACCCAUAGAAAGUGAGAUCUACCGCCUAAAUAACCAAUAAUAAUCACCAAUAGUUCUUAGAAAAAUCGAAGGGUAAAUUCCUUGUCAAAGAUAUCGUGCUAUUUAGCUUGAUAUUUACUGCUAUCAUCCCUGAUAGCAGUAAAUAUGAAGACAGUCAAUAUCAAAUGAAGUGAUUUUAUUUCCAAGUUCAUAUAAGUAUCAUAUGAAAGCGCCCUAAACCAUUGUAUCUUUUAACAAGAAUAUCAGGGGCACCCAACGGCAAUUUUCGGGAAAAUAUCUGUUCGGAAAACGAUUUGAGAUCUAGAGUUUUCGGAGCAUUUGUUGUAAAAUUUCUUGCUUGCCUGCCUCUCCUAGGAUUUUCGAACAUCUACAAAAUGGUAUAAUUACUCAUUUUUAACGGAUUUUUACCCUAAAAAAGGCCACCUAGAAUUUUCGGGAGCCUUCUCCUGGCUGAAAUUUUCGAGAAGGUAAGUUUUUAUCCCUAUAAUUUUCGGAUCACUAGAUUUUCAGCUAGGAAAUCCGAACAGAUGAAAAGUUUUCAGGGGAUAAAAAUAUGCCUAUACCUACCGUUUGAAUACUAAAAUACGUUCAACAAUGCUAUGUUAAGUGGUUUUGAACUAUAUCCUCGUUGGGUGCCCCUGGAAUAUAGCCUUUGAAGCUCUUUAACAUUACUGAAAAAUUCCUUGUGUUUUAUUUAUAGUGAUGAAAUCGACUUGACCACUAAGAAGAGUGCUUUCAUGUCUAGCAUUGCUGCUCUCGAAUACAUUUCAACACCAAUGGCAACCCUGGUGACUGUCAUCACUCUUAUAUUAACUGGUCAGCCUGUGACACCAGUUAACGUCUUCACGUUCCUCUCUUUUAUCAAUGUUUUGAGUGGGAGCUUCUGUAUGAACUUUUCCUAUGCCUCCAUCCAAACCUACGACGCUUAUGUAUCACUGAGCAGAAUACAAGACUUUCUUCUUUUAAACAAUCUUGAUUCAACGAAAACCACGAUAAAUCCGCCAGAGGGAUCAGAAGGAUCUUGUUUUUCUAACAACUCGAAAGAAAGUCAGCAAGAAAUUAUUUUACGGGUCAGAAAUUUCAAUCAGCAACAGCAACAAAAUGAAUCAGAAGGAUCGUCUUUGCAAUUUAUUGAUUUCACCGCUGAAAAAGGGAGUUUAACAGUCAUAACCGGACCAGUGGGCAGUGGCAAAUCUACUCUUCUGUCAGCAAUUGCUGGGGAAGUACCAGACCAAAACGGGGCUAUAACCUUCAAAGGAACUGUUGUUUAUGUGCCGCAGAUUGCUUGGAUAUUCUCUGGAACAAUUAAAGAAAACAUUUUGUUUGGCGAACAGUACGAGGAGGACAAGUACAACAGAGUCAUUGAAGCAUGUGCUUUGACUCAAGACAUCGAAAAGUUUCCAGACUGUGACCAAACUAUGGUUGGAGAGCGUGGCGUGGUGCUUAGUGGUGGCCAGCGGGCAAGAGUAAGCUUAGCACGGGCAGUUUACGCCGAAGGAGAGCUUUACUUGUUGGAUGAUCCCUUAAGUGCUGUGGACUCUAAAGUUGCCGAUCACAUUUUUAGGGAAUGCAUCAAAGGCUUGCUUGGAAAGAAAACUCGGUUAAUAAUUUCUCAUCAAGAACGAAUCAUGCGUGACGCCGACAACGUAAUUGCAUUAUUUAAAGGUCGAGUAUUGAGCCAGGGAAAUUUCACUGAGCUAAAUGAAUGUGGUAGCCUGAAUAAAACUGUCGAUCCAAUUUACGAAAAGGCAAACAAAUCGGAUAUUAGCGUUGGUGAGGACGCUAAAGACGAAGAAGAAAUUUCUUACAUGAGUGAUACAGCCGUACCGAAAGAAGUGCAGGGUCUCCGCUUAUCACAAGAAGAUCGCGCCAUUGGAGUGGUGUCAUCAGGACUUUACUGGAACUACUUUAGAAGCGGAGUUCCUUUGCUGGUAAUCAUCGCAGGAAUUUGCUUAUGUUUAAUAAGUCAAGGUAAUGUGCCAGAAGAAAAUAAAAACUGAACCUUACCACCACACAUUUUUUAUCCCGGGGAGAGAAUAAUUUAAUUAAUUCGCACUUUGUAGAAACUCUUGGAAAACAGAAUUAAUGUUCGUAACUGGUGCCAAAUUACUGAAAAAUUAAGGGAUAUAUGGCCAUUUAACAAAACACUGGAUUGCGUCUUUAAUAUCUGAUUAUUUCUGAACACCACCUUUGAACCAGUGCACAGAUCAUUUAUAAAGAGCAGAAACAGCAGGGUGCCUAGUAUAGAGCCCUAAGGCACCCUGCACUUUAUUUUGCAAGCUUCUGAACUGAUACCAAUAAAUUCCAAAUAUUGUUGUCUAUUGCUUAGGUAGCUUUUUAACUAUCUAUUAAGUGCAGUGCCUCGAACACCAUAAUGCUCUAGUUUUCAAGUCAAAAUGUUAUGUAUUCCUUAUUUUCAAUAGCGGCAGAGAUUUCGUCAUAUAAACAAGCAGGAGCAUAAGCAGUGGACUGAUGCUUACGAAAACAGUGCUAAUUGACAGAGAGAAUGUUAUGAUUAUUAAAAAACCUUAACAGACCAUUGUACAUUACCCUCUCUAGAAUUUAGAGAAUGCUGGUAAAACAGACACAGGUCUUUUCUAGCCUUUUUUGUAAGUUAAGAAAAACAAUAAAAAAAACUGAGACUCUAUUCAAACAUUGAACUUAAUUUAGGAUUAGAAACGACACGAAAACAACCAGCAUAUAGCAAGCCACAACACACCAUCUUUGUUUCAAGGUCACAAAUUAAUGCCAAUCUUCUUCAUAGACACCCAAAAAUGUAUGACUAACAACAAUAAUAAUAAUUUAAUAAUAAUUUAAUUACUUAUAUUGCGCAGGUAAUGGCAUAAAAAUGAUCAGAUGCGCAUUGCAUUAGUAAUAAAAGCAUGAAAAAAAAAACCUACAAACCUAUUUACAAUAAGCAAAACAAUAAGAAUAUAUACACUUCCAAAAUAAAAUUAAAAUCUAAAAUAUCGAUUUGUAACAAUUAAAUCCAUUCAACCAUAAGUAAACUUAAAAAGGUACGGCUUAAAAUUGCUCUUAAAAGUAUUCAAGUUUGUAAUAUCGCGAAGAUCACGAAGUAGAGCAUCCAUAACUUGGGCGCAGCCACCUGGAAGGACCUAUCGCCUAGUGUAACCUAAGUUCUAAAUAAUGACAAUGCUAGUAAAAUCCCACCUGACGAUUUGGGGUUUUAUGCGCGUUGCGAUUUCAAAGAAACUAAGUUCUGAAUGUAUGUAGGAGCUAUACCAUGGAUAGCCUUGAAUGCAAAUAAUAAAAUCUUAAAAUGAAUGCGCUGCUUUAACGGACGCCAAUGUAGCUCAUAUAUCAAUGGUGUAACAUGGCUGAGGCGCGGAGCGUAGAGCGCAGCAAACAAGCCUCCAGAAGUAUUACUCCAUUCGUUUCUGACCAUUAUUUUUCUUAUAUUUCCUUUAGCAAUGCUUGUUUCCUGCGAUGUGUGGCUGUCGCUUUUGACAAAGACACACCCCAAGGAUCAAAAGAAGGAGACAAACCUUAUCAUCUAUGGCUCUCUUGUUGGGGCAUCAUUCAUAUUUCUCAUCAUUCGAGCAUUUAGCUUCUAUCUGGUAUCUUUACGAUGCUCUGAACGUCUUCAUGAUAAAAUGGUUACGGCUGUUCUACAGGCACCAGUCGUAUUCUUCGAUUCAAAUCCCGUGGGAAGAAUUAUGAAUCGGUUCUCUAAAGAUAUAAGUUGCAUGGAUGAUGUACUACCCAAAACGUUUCUGAGAGCAAUCCAAAGGACCUUGCUGAUGUUCACCUCAAUACUUGUACCAACUGUCAUAAACCCUUGGCUUCUGUUUGCUCUCACGCCAAUAGUUGUGUUAGCGGGAGUUAUUUCAAGAUAUUACUUAAAGACGUCAAGGGAGCUGCAAAGGCUGGAGUCAGUUAGUCGUAGUCCAGUCUUUUCUCACUUUUCAGAGACACUGGAUGGACUGGACACAAUUCGGACGAGAAAAAAAGAAAAAGAUUUCCUGGAUGAAUUUUGCAGGUACUUUACUCAUUUUUUUGUCUUUGUUGUUGAAUAAUUUUGAUAUUUGUAUUCUGAACAGCUCAAGUUUGAAAUGAGUAACUCCUCGAUUAAUUAGUCAGUCAAUUGGGUAGUCAGGUAGACUUGUUAUUGAAAGUCUAAGUAGUCAGGUAGGUAGUCGAUUUGUAACACGAUCGCCGUGUGGUUUCAUCGGGUGAUUACCCGUUGUUGCUACCAUUAGGUCUCAGUCAUCUUAACUAGGCUGUUUUGGUAACGUUACUCUGGGACGUUCACCUGGGAUUUGGACAAGCUCGCUCUCCAGAUUAUGACGUCUUUUUACAUUCUUCUUUUAUCAUAUGACAAGGCGUUUUAAUCAAAAAGAUUCUUUUCUCAAAGAAUGUUCGAAUGUGAAAGACUUGAAAGCGAAAACGAAGUUACAAAACUAAAUCGUGCAUUAUUAUUGUUCCUUUUAGAUAUCAAGAUCUUCAUACUAAGUCAUACAUUAUGGUUUUUGCCAGCCAGCGCUGGCUUGGUGUUCGCUUGGAUUGUCUCUCCGCUCUUUUGACUGCUGCAACGGCUCUUGCCUCAGUUAUUGUAUCACAGGAUGCUGGUAAUUAUACUUGAAUAUGUAAUCAGCAAAUUAAUCCAUGUUUAUAUGAGCUCUUAAAUUUCUUAGAACACAUGAAUCGCAGGGCCAGCUAUUUGGAACCACAAGGGGCGGAGCAGAAGUUGACGUAUGUCAUCAUAUUCCACUCGGUAAUAAUUGGUUGGCCUGUUUCUCUUUCUUAAGGAUGUCACGUCAAGAGUGUCAUUGACAGAAACAUUUGGCUGCCGAAAUGGACACAUUGAAUCGCUUAUAUAAGCCACUAUUUCUCAUAUCUUCCUUGAAAAUCCGGUUAUAAAGCUCUUUAGAUGCUAUUCUGCUCACCCGGUGUCAAUUUUAGAGACUUACCGGCUUUGAGAAGCUGUUUCAAUCGGCUCUAAAAUCAAGAUCAAUGGAUCACACAGUAAAACACAGAAAAAAAAUAAAGAGUUAUUCCCAGGCUUUUAACUUCAAAGAAGGCUGAAAAGAGCCUGGGAAACACCAAAAUGGCGUCAAAAUCGAUGUAAACAAAAACGGAUUUGGUAAAGGAGACGGCUCGCAUUUAGCAACUGUUCAACAGAAGCGUCUUUGAAAGGUAUUUAGUCAAAGAUGAUUAUAAUUUCCGGGGAGUUUGAGUGUCUUUGAAAGCAAAAACCGCAAAGGAUUUAAUUUGUAAAGAGCCAGAAAUUAAGAGGAUUGAAAGUACUGCAUUUGGUCUUCAAUUUCCGACCGAGGACCGUGCAGAAAAGAUCAGGGAUUUCCAUGAAAUAAAGGGUCAGUAUGGCGGAUUCUUUUACUCCUAUUUAAGAUUUUUGAGACUGAAAACCGCACAGAUUACAAUUCGCGCAGCUCCAAAACCCUAUUCAAUUUAAACCUUUUGUCACAACUAACAAACUUAGAGCGAGCACCGUGAAAUUCCACUACCGGAUUUUUCUCAGGGAUCGAUUGAACAAUAAUUGCCAUACAUUUUCCUAUUAGUAAACUGAGGGCGUGUGACUGCAUGAUCAGUGAUGCGUCGCGGCGGGCGAGGUUCCGAAUAGCUGGCCAUGCAUGCCUAGUAAGGCUUUUACUUCUUGUACAAAUCUUAAAAUUUGUUACCGACAUAGAAAGACUAUGCUGACGAUGGAGCCUUCUGUCAUUUGUGUUAAGUUAUAAAAUUAUCGUGUUCUACUACUGCUUCUACACAAUAAAAUACAACUGCUGGUUUUUCAAAGCUAAUUUGUUUAUGAUUGCCUGAUGGAACUAACAGGUCAAGUUUUCUUUUCACUGCUUCAAUGCUUACGAAAAAGCUUCGUCUGAUAAAAUAGCGCUCGGUAGCUACUGAGUGAUAAAUGUGGGUCGAAAUUCUUUUCUUGAAAUGCAACUAUUUCCUUAGGUACCCUUAGUGAAAUUUGAUAUAUGGCAAUUUUAGGUAGCUAGAAAUAGACAAUUUCUUGUAUUCAGCGGUCAGGAUUACUAGAGUAAAACUAACCGCACUAGGGGUGUGAUAAAGCUUCGCACCUCGCUUUCCCGGUUCGCCACAUAGUGCUUGUAUCAGGAAGAAAACUCCUGGCACCCAGGGUAGCGAGGGACAGGUGCCCAGAAAAAUCCUCUUGCUAAAAAGGAGGAGAUUGCACCCACCCCCAGCCUCACCUUAGCCCUCUUAGGGAUAAGUUCUCCGGAAUGCUUCUUUGGAACGCCAGGCAGACGUUCUAGGCAACAACUGGGCAAAAGAUUCUUACUUGUCCUGAACAUUGUAGCAUUUCCGACCAGGGGCGCGUUUCUCGAAAGUCCCGACAGAUUUUCGGGCCCGGAAAGGUGUUUUAUCUUGGCUGCGUUUGCAUUCAAGUUCAAAGUUUCAAUAAUUCUGAAAAUGAUGCAAUGAAACUAUCAGUUAAAGAAGCAAAAUUGAUUGGUUUGUGAGCUAGGAACUGUUACUAUUCAAUUGGUUUUGAUUUUAAAAUUUGAAAAUUUUAUUUAUGCUUGAUGAACCAUAGCUUAAUAAACGUAUUCACCUCGUUUUCUUUUAGCUUUUACCGGCCUGGCAUUGGUUUAUGUAGUUCAAAAUAUGGUUUGGACUCAAUAUGCAAUUAAGAAAUCAGUUGAAGUCGAAACUCUGAUGACAUCAGUUGAGCGAGUAAUGACGUACACCGAGCUUGAACCUGAACCUGGAUACAAAGUGGAACGAAAACCUCCGAAAAUCUGGCCACGUGAGAGCAAUAUCGCGCUUAAAGACGUAUGCCUGACGUACUAUCCUGGUGGUCCUCAAAGUUUAAAGAAUAUCACACUUAACAUCAAUGGUGGAACUAAGAUCGGGAUUGCGGGUCGGACGGGCGCAGGGAAAUCUUCCUUCGUGGCGGCACUAAUGCGCAUGCCUGAACCUGAUGGAGAUGUAUUUAUUGACAAUGUCAAUGUAAAAGACAUCACCCUCAGAGAAUCUCGACGAGCAAUAACCGUUCUUGGACAAAAUCCUGCCCUUUUUAGUGGAACGGUGAGGCAAAAUCUUGAUCUGAUGGAGAAAUUUGAAGACGCGGAACUAUGGCGAGCUUUAGAACAGGUGCAGCUGAAAAGUCUUGUAGAGAAUUUGCCAGGUCAAUUGGAUCAUGAAUUAUUGGAGCAUGGGGCAAACUUUAGUGUUGGAGAAAGACAACUUAUCUGCUUGGCUCGAGUGCUGUUGCAGCAAAAGAAAAUCGUCAUUUUGGAUGAGCCAACUGCACACGUGGAUCCGGACACAGAGCAAACGAUCUGGAAUAUAGUACAUGAGAAAUUGAAAAAUUCCACGGUUAUCACUGUUGCGCAUCGUUUGAACACAAUAAGAGACUGCGACAAGAUUUUAGUUUUAAAGAGUGGCGAAGUGGAAGGGUUUGAUAGCUUUGAUGUGCCUGUGAAUAGAAAAGGAAGAAUUUUAAGUAAAAUGGAUCAUGUACCCGAGGAAGACACAUAA